AUGUCUGGCAUUCGUCGUGGCGCCUACCGCGGCCGCAAACGCUUCUAUCGCGACACUUUUGCACCGGGCGGCUCAAAAACCGAUCCGCUGAACAUUGAAAUCGAGUUGUCCGAGAAUCCGGAGCUCGAAAAAGAGCGUCUGGGCCUUCUGGAACCGACUCCGGAGCGUCAGAAGCGGCGGCGACUCGAAAAAGAGGACCGGAUUCUGGAAAAAGAGCGCGCCGAGCGGGAAAAGGCGAAUUUCGAGCUUUCGACGCCGCAGCUCUCGCCAAAGGUAUGUUUUUGCUGAUAGAGCGUGAAAAAUGUGUACAGACGUAAGAAAAACAAAUAUUUCAUUUUUCGGCUUAGAAAGCACUUAAAAAUUGCAUUUUUCCAGAAAAACCAGAACAAUUCGCCGAAGAAAGACGCGCGCCGGCCACAUUUGACGAAAGAUCAAAAGGACGCGGUGGAAUUCCGCAAAAACAAAACGGAAUACUUCAAUCGAAAGUACCGCUACGGAAAUUUCGAUCGAUAUUACGGAGUGCGUCUGAAUCCGGGCGAAUCCGACAAACGACUGACCGUCUUCCAGAAAGAGUGGUUCGAACGCAAAUCCGUUCUCGACAUUGGUCAGUUUUUUGUUGUUUUAAUACAACAUUUUAAAGUCGCAAAAUGUUAUUUUCAGGGUGCAACGUGGGAUUUCUAACAUUAUCGAUCGCAAAAGACUUUUCUCCUCGUCGCAUUCUGGGAAUUGACAUUGAUGAGCAUCUGAUUGGAGUCGCCCGCAAAAAUAUACGACAUUAUUGUGAUCAUGACUUGCAGGUACUGUUUCUUCCUGAUUUUCUCAAAAUUGUUUACAAAAAUGUUGCAGGUCGCCGGAAAGUUCCCCGCCUCGUUCGGCGUCCAAUUCGGCACAAUAUCGCAGAAAAAAGCAGAGCCGCGCUCGUUUUCCACCAAAUUUCCCGACAAUGUCUGGUUUAAAAAGGAGAACUACGUGCUGGAGUCGGACGAGAUGCUCGAUAUGAUUCAGCCAGAAUUCGACGUCAUUCUCGCACUUUCCAUCACAAAAUGGAUCCAUCUGAACUGGGGCGACGACGGAAUGCGUCGAUUCCUGAAGAGAGCCUACGCACAGCUUCAGCCCGGUACUUUUUCGACUUUAAAUAUACAUCCUCCUAAUUUUUCUGUUUUCAGGCGGCCGUCUCAUCAUCGAACCGCAACAAUUCGAAACGUACCGAAAACGUGCGAAAAUGAACGAGGAGUUGAUGGCGAACUACUCGAAAAUCGAAUUCAAACCCGAGGAUUUCGAGAUGUGGCUCAUCGAGACGGUCGGCUUCGAGUCGGUCGAGAAAAUGGGGGUGGCCGGUGCGAAAUCCAAAGGAUUCGAGCGGCCGAUCGACGUUUAUUUGAAGCCGUUGCGCCCCAAAACCGACGCCAUCCCACUCGGAUAUAUUUGA